AUGUUGGACAAAAUCGUCGGUCUCGCCAUGCUCGUGGCCGCUUCUGUCGUCUUCCUUUACUACACCAUCUGGACUCUGCUCAUGCCCUUUGUCGAUGACGAUCAUGUGCUUCAGAACUUCUUCCCUCCCCGCGUUUGGGCCAUCCGCAUCCCCGUCAUCAUCAUUCUUCUCGGCGGCGCCGUCGUGGGCUCUUUCCUCGGCAUGGUCAUGAUCCGGAGCAACAAAAAGAAGGCCGCCAAGGCCAAGGCUGCCGCCAAGAAGACGAACUAG